ACGCGCGCCUCCCGGGCCUGGACGCCUUGGCAACCGCUACUCCCGGGGGUGCUUUUUCUGCAGGGACGAAGUGCCACCUAUUCUAGUGGCGGGUCUGGAAGCCUAGAGGGGAAGCAGGCUGCAGAGCCGGGCCAAGGGAUUAGCGGCGGGCGGCGGGCAUGGCCUGGACUGCGCGGGACCGCGGGGCCCUGGGGCUGCUGCUGUCGGGGCUCUGCUUGUGCGCGGCUCAAAGAGGUCCCCCGGGUGAGCAGGGUCCUCCCGGGCCUCCGGGCCCCCCUGGAGUUCCAGGCAUCGAUGGCAUCGACGGUGACCGAGGUCCUAAGGGCCCCCCGGGCCCCCCGGGUCCUGCAGGUGAACCGGGAAAGCCAGGAGCUCCAGGCAAGCCUGGCACACCUGGCGCUGAUGGAUUAACAGGACCUGAUGGAUCCCCUGGCUCCGUUGGGCCAAAGGGACAAAAAGGAGAACCUGGUGUGCCUGGAUCGCGUGGAUUUCCAGGCCGUGGUAUUCCUGCACCCCCUGGUCCUCCUGGGACAGCAGGACUCCCUGGAGAGCUUGGCCGUGUAGGACCUGUUGGUGACCCUGGGAGAAGAGGACCACCUGGCCCCCCUGGCCCCCCAGGACCCAGAGGAACAAUUGGCUUUCAUGAUGGAGAUCCAUUGUGUCCCAAUGCCUGUCCACCAGGUCGCUCAGGAUAUCCAGGCCUACCAGGCAUGAGGGGUCAUAAAGGGGCUAAAGGAGAAAUUGGUGAACCAGGAAGACAAGGACACAAGGGUGAAGAAGGUGACCAGGGAGAACUCGGAGAAGUUGGAGCUCAAGGACCUCCAGGAGCCCAGGGUUUGCGAGGCAUCACCGGCAUAGUUGGGGACAAAGGGGAAAAAGGUGCUCGGGGCUUAGAUGGUGAACCUGGGCCUCAGGGUCUUCCUGGUGCACCUGGUGAUCAAGGACAGCGAGGACCUCCAGGAGAAGCAGGUCCCAAAGGAGAUAGAGGGGCUGAAGGUGCUAGAGGAAUUCCUGGUCUCCCUGGGCCCAAAGGAGACACGGGUUUGCCAGGUGUGGAUGGCCGUGAUGGGAUCCCUGGAAUGCCUGGAACAAAGGGUGAACCAGGAAAACCUGGGCCUCCUGGUGAUGCAGGAUUGCAGGGGUUACCAGGUGUACCUGGAAUUCCUGGUGCAAAGGGUGUUGCUGGUGAAAAGGGUAGCACAGGUGCUCCAGGGAAGCCUGGUCAGAUGGGAAAUUCAGGCAAACCGGGCCAACAGGGUCCUCCAGGAGAGGUGGGACCCCGAGGACCCCAGGGGCUUCCUGGCAGUAGAGGAGAAUUAGGACCAGUGGGAUCCCCAGGCCUACCAGGUAAACUGGGUUCUCUGGGUAGCCCUGGCCUCCCUGGCUUGCCUGGGCCCCCUGGACUUCCUGGAAUGAAAGGUGACAGGGGUGUAGUCGGUGAACCGGGUCCAAAGGGUGAACAGGGUGCCUCUGGUGAAGAAGGUGAAGCAGGAGAAAGGGGGGAACUUGGAGAUAUAGGAUUACCUGGCCCAAAGGGAUCUGCAGGUAAUCCUGGGGAACCUGGCUUGAGAGGGCCUGAGGGAAGUCGGGGGCUUCCUGGAGUGGAAGGACCAAGAGGACCACCUGGACCUCGGGGCGUGCAGGGAGAACAGGGUGCCACCGGCCUGCCUGGUGUCCAGGGCCCUCCGGGUAGAGCACCGACAGAUCAGCACAUUAAGCAGGUUUGCAUGAGAGUCAUACAAGAGCAUUUUGCUGAGAUGGCUGCCAGUCUUAAGCGUCCAGACUCAGGUGCCACUGGGCUUCCUGGAAGACCUGGCCCUCCUGGUCCCCCCGGCCCUCCUGGAGAGAAUGGUUUCCCAGGCCAGAUGGGAAUUCGUGGCCUUCCGGGCAUUAAGGGGCCCCCUGGUGCUCUUGGUUUGAGGGGACCUAAAGGUGACUUGGGAGAAAAGGGGGAGCGUGGCCCUCCAGGAAGAGGUCCCAAAGGUUUGCCUGGAGCUAUAGGUCUCCCAGGUGACCCAGGCCCUGCCAGCUAUGGCAGAAAUGGCCGAGACGGUGAGCGAGGCCCCCCAGGGGUGGCAGGAAUUCCUGGAGUGCCUGGACCCCCGGGACCUCCUGGGCUUCCCGGUUUCUGUGAGCCAGCCUCCUGCACCAUGCAGGCUGGUCAGCGAGCAUUUAACAAAGGGCCUGACCCUUGAAAGGCUUACUGCUGCAUGGCUGUCUGCAUGAACCACGCCUGGUGAAGGAGCUUGGAUUGAGAAACACCAUCCAAAGCUGGGGCAAAGAUGAUUACCUUCAGCAUGAUUACAAUGUAUUACCUUCAGUAUGAUUACAGAAGUCCUACUUGACAAUCACAUUUAGAAGAACGGUGCUAUUCAGUAAGUUCUCUUUCCUUUCCCUUGGAGGGAAGACAGCAGAGUCAUCAGUUAAAAAAAAAAAAAAAAAAAAGAAAACCAAACACCUCCCUUGAAUAAAUUUAUACUCCUGUUCCCAGGAUCUUGAGCUUUAGUGUGCUAUACCUAUGUGUCUUAUCGUGGGCCACUGUGCCAAUAAACAAAAACAACUGUUUGGUUUACCUCAGUUGCAGUAGUUAUUUUCAUUUACAUGUUGUUCUCAGAUUAUUGUUUCGGUUAUAUAGAGGAUUACUAGACUAGUUAUGAAGAAACCCCACUACAUUCAAUGGAAUUGGUGCUUAAAAUCUCAUCAAUGUGCUGUCUCUGGAGUGAUAAGAAAGGGCUACAUCGCCCGAAAUGAUUUCUUUACGUCACGUAUUGGUUUCCUUCUUCAGCUUGAACUUUUGUUGAACUGUAUGUACUUUACCCCAAAACUGUUAAUAUUUUGAGCGCUUCUAUGUGAAAGCAAAGAAAUAAUUUUAAUACUCUGGCAUUCAUAAAUUUUAUUGAUGAGAUUAUUUAUUUUAAAGGUUUGAGGUAACAUCUCUGGUUGUACCAAAGAAGAAAUAAAUAUGGUUUCUUAAUCUCUUGCAUGUUUUCUUGUAAAUAAUCAUGUUCAAUGAAAAGAAGUUACUGAGCUUAUUUAGAUACAUUAAACAUUACUUAACUACUGGUUCUAUAGGUGUAUGUUUAUAAUAUUAGUGUUUUUUCUACAUAAAGUAAUUUAAAAAGCUGUUCCACAGAGUGUGUUACCCUGUGACAGAUGCAUAUAUGUGUGUGUGUGUGUGUUUUAGUGUGUAUGGAGAGAGCUUCAUGGACCUUUUUGAAAUGUUAAUUCCCUAGAAAGAUGUGCAGCUGCAUGUGCAUCUAUAUUUUUGUAUAGUAUUUCAGAGAUUUCGUGGACUUUUUUAAGUCUAGCCUUGCUUUAUUUCUAGGUUAAGAACCACUGCCUUCAUUCCAAUGGCUUGUUAGCUCCCUCCUACUCAGAACUUUAUUGUAAACAUGAUUUAUGUUUCACCAUUUCUUGUAAAUUUUAUAAAUGCAGCUCAGCUAAAGCACUGUAUUCUUAACAAGUAUUUCCUGACCACUUAAGCACUUUAUUAUUGUCUGUGUAAUCAUAUUGGCUUGCUGUUUCAUUAACAUCUACUUAACUAUCCAACAGACUUAAUAUAUUCAUUUUAUAUCACAGAGCCUGUGAGUAACCUGUGCUGGGGCAUAAAACAAUAGCUCAACAUAGUAGCUUUAGUUAGUUUAUGGAACUAAAUUCUGUCAAGUGAAAGGAGAGUGAGCCCUAAUAUAAUUUUUUAUAUAUUUUUUCUCAUGUGUACUUUUAUACAUUUUAAAUUCUAGUCCUAGUUGUUUGGUUAAAUCAAUCAUUAUGUAAUCUGUAUUUGGAUUUCUUUAAAACUGCUUGCAGCAUCUAGUUUUAUGCUUCUAGCAUGAAUUUUGCUUAAGAAGAUUCCAACUUUGCCAUAUAGAUCAGUGCUAUUUACAUAGACUGAAAGAAUGUUCUUUCCCUUUUUUCAAAUAUGACUUUUGAAAAUAAAGGUCUCUGUUAUAGCUCCCUAAAACAAUACUUAAAAAAAUGGCAAACUUUUUCAGGAGCUGUGACACAUAAUUAAAUAAAUGCAUAGAAAUUA